AUUAAUAAUUUAUUUUCUAAAAAAAAUAAUAAUCAUUCUGACAUACCCUGCAAAUCCCACCCACCUCUCUCUCUCUCUCUCUCUCUCUCUCUCUCACAUCUGAAUAUCUCUCACACACGUAGACUCGAGGCGGAUAUUGACACUGGUGGGCAGCGAUCACCACGAACGUGCGGGUCUGAAUUCGAGCCGGAAUUCGGCGAGGGGGAAGAAUUAUGCACUUUGUAAAUGCGGCGGCGCUGCUCUCGAUAGCGUUGAAGAACGGCGGCGGCGGCGGCGGAGGAGGAGGGAUGUUAGGAUCGGAGAUAGAGUUCGGCGACGUGUGGUGGUACGUCUACGCGGGAAUAUCGUGCCUAUUGGUGAUGUUCGCGGGGGUAAUGUCGGGGCUCACGCUGGGACUCAUGUCGCUGGGCCUCGUCGAGCUCGAGAUCCUCCAGCGCAGCGGCACCCCCUCCGAGAAGAAACAGGCUGCUAGGAUAUUUCCGGUGGUUCAGAAGCAGCAUCAGCUUCUUGUGACAUUGCUUUUAUGUAAUGCCGGUGCAAUGGAGGCCCUUCCUCUCUACCUAGACAAGAUCUUCAAUCAAUAUGUUGCCAUUAUACUAUCAGUCACUUUUGUCUUAUUUUUUGGAGAGGUCAUCCCUCAAGCAAUAUGCACUAGAUAUGGGCUCGCCGUGGGUGCUAAUUUUGUGUGGCUUGUUCGUUUUCUGAUGGUCAUUUGCUACCCGAUUGCUUACCCAAUUGGCAAGGUUCUGGAUUUGGUUCUGGGACACAAUGAUGCACUUUUUAGACGAGCUCAGCUGAAAGCUCUUGUUUCUAUCCACAGCCAGGAGGCUGGAAAAGGCGGUGAACUAACACAUGAUGAGACAACAAUUAUUAGUGGAGCGCUUGAUUUGACGGAGAAGACUGCUGAGGAGGCCAUGACGCCAAUCGAGUCAACAUUUUCACUUGAUGUUAACUCAAAGCUAGACUGGGAAGCAAUUGGUAAGGUUCUGGCUCGUGGUCAUAGCCGCGUUCCUGUCUAUUCUGGGAAUCCGAAGAACAUUAUCGGACUUUUACUGGUAAAAAGUCUUCUCACUGUGAGAGCAGAAACAGAGACUCCUGUUAGUGCUGUUUCUAUUCGAAGAAUUCCUCGUGUUCCUGCGGAUAUGCCCCUUUACGACAUACUCAACGAGUUCCAAAAGGGUAGCAGCCAUAUGGCAGCUGUUGUGAAGCCCAAAGGCCAAAGCAAAAGGCCUCCGUCGAUUUUGGAGAAGUCCGAGGGGAACGAACCCACUAAUGGGGAUUCGGACAUAGCUACCCCGUUGCUAGCAAAGAAAGAAGACAAAUCAGAUACUGUUGUGGUCGAUAUUGAAAAGGUUUCAAGGCCUCCAUCAAAAGCUAACCUCGCAUAUAAUGAAGCAGUUCUGAACGGAUUGGUUGCUCCGGAUGAGUCGGAAGAUGGCGAGGUCAUCGGCAUCAUCACCUUAGAAGAUGUCUUCGAAGAACUUCUACAGGAGGAGAUCGUUGAUGAGACAGAUGAGUAUGUCGAUGUCCAUAAAAGGAUACGCGUAGCAGCAGCUGCAGCUGCUUCGUCAGUUGCACGAGCCCCUUCAAUCCGGAGGUUAACAGCCCAGAAAGGAGCUGGAUCGAAGCAAGGGCUGACUCUGAAAAAGGCGGGGGAGGACGACACCACCUCCGCGAAGUUGCAGCGUUGGUGAGCCGAAGAGAUGAUGAGACGCGGUAAAUUUCGUACGUAGAGAAAGCCAUAAUCAGGAGAGGGGUUGAUUGUGAUUUUGGCCUAGGAAUGAAGACUCCAAUCUUGUGCAGUAGUGUUCAUUCUUUAUAUGUUUAGACCCCAAAAUUUUGCAAUAUGCAAUAAGAAAUCUAUGUUGCCUUAACUUACAUAUAAAUUAUUCGUUGAGAUUUUAAGCUUGUAUAUUUCUAACUCGAGACAAGAAUAUGAUAUGUUUUGUUUAUUUAAUGGCGAAAUUACAUCCUCAGAUUC